GGGGAGUGGCUGCCGGACCGACCGGACCGCGAGGCCGCUGGGCGGCGGUCGGCUGCUGCUGCCCCUGUGCCGAGACCCCGCACACCUGGCCAGGCCCCCGGCCCCAACAUGGCCCGUCGCUCGCAGUGCUCCUCGCAGGGGGAUAACCCGCUGGCACCUGGGUACCUGCCACCUCACUACAGAGAGUACUACCGCCUGGCCGUGGACGCGCUUGCCGAGGGGGGGCCAGAAGCCUACAGCCGCUUCUUGGCAUCCGAGGGGGCACCUGACUUCCUGUGCCCAGAGGAGCUGGAGCACGUGAGCCGCCACCUGCAGCCCCCGCAGCAUGUUGCCCGUGAGCCCCCUGAGGGCAGCCCCCCCGACGUGGACAUGGAUGGCUCCUCCGGCACUUACUGGCCAGUAAACUCGGACCAGGCUGUGCCUGAGCUUGACCUGGGCUGGCCUCUGACCUUCGGCUUCCAGGGGACCGAGGUCACCACUCUGGUGCAGCCUCCACCCCCGGACAGCCCCAGCAUCAAGGACGAGGCGCGGAGGAUGAUCCGCUCUGCCCAGCAGGUGGUAGCUGUGGUGAUGGACAUGUUCACCGACGUGGAUUUGCUCAACGAAAUGCUGGAGGCGGCAGCCCGCAGGGUUCCAGUCUACAUUCUGCUGGAUGAAAUGAACGCGCAGCAUUUCCUGGACAUGGCGGACAAGUGUCGUGUCAAUCUGCACCAUGUGGAUUUCCUGCGUGUCCGCACUGUGGCGGGCCCAACCUACUACUGCCGCACAGGGAAGUCCUUCAAGGGCCACGUGAAGGAGAAGUUUCUGCUCGUGGAUUGCGCCGUUGUGAUGAGCGGCAGCUACAGCUUCAUGUGGUCCUUCGAGAAGAUCCACCGCAGCCUGGCGCACGUGUUCCAGGGCGAGCUGGUCGCCAGCUUCGACGAGGAGUUCCGCAUUCUCUUCGCGCAGUCGGAGCCGCUGGUGCCCUCGGCCGGGGCGCUGGCCCGCAUGGACGCCAUGGCGGUCGCACCGUACGCGGGGGCCGGGCCCCUGGCGGGCGUCCCCGGGUUCGGGGCGCCAGCGCCCUUCUCCUUCCCCAAGCGCGCGCACCUCCUGUUCCCGCCGCCCCGGGACGAGGGCCUGGGCUUCCCCUCCUUCCUGGACCCCGACCGCCACUUCCUGUCUGCCUUCCGCCGGGAGGAGCCGCCCGCGGGGCUGGCGGGGCUGCGGCUCCCGCGGCGGCUGGACGUGGACGCGGGGCCGGGCGCGGAGCCGGGCGCGCGCGGCUUCUUCCAGGCCCGGCACCUGGAGGUGGACGCCUUCAAGCGGCACAGCUUCGCCGACGGCGCGGGCGCGGUGGAGAACUUCGCGCGGCAGGUGUCCCGGCAGACGUUCCUGAGCCACGGCGAAGACCUCCGCUUCCAGACCAGCCACUUCCACCGCGACCAGCUCUACCAGCAGGGCUACCAGUGGGACCCGCAGUGCGCGCCCGCGCGCCCGCAGGGGCUCUUCGAGAAGCUCCGUGCCGGCCGCCCCGGCCUGGCCGACCCCGACGAGUUCGCGCUGGGCCCCGGGCCGCGCUUUGCGGAGCUGGGCGCGGACGGGCCCGGGCACCAGCGGCUGGAAUACGUGCCGUCCAGCGCGUCCCGCGAGGUGCGCCACGGCUCGGACCCCGCCUUCGGGCCCGGGCCCCGCGGCCUGGAGCCCGGCGGGGCGCUGCGCCCCAACCUGGGCCAGCGCUUCCCCUGCCAGGUCUCGGGCCGGCCGGGCCCCGAGCACGCGGAGGCGGAGCCUGAGCGCAGGGGCGGCCCCGAGGGCCGCGCAGGGCUGCGGCACUGGCGCCUGGCCUCCUACCUGAGCGGCUGCCACGGCGAGGACGCGGGCGAGGAGGGUCUGCCCCUGGAGGCCGAGGCCUCGGAUGACGACGUGCUGGGCCCGGCCCGCGACCCGCCCCCGCCCGCCCUGCGCGGGCCGCUGGGGCCGGGCGGCGGCGGCAGCGCGGAGGACGCGGGCCUCGCCACGCAGGACUCGUUCCGCUCGCGCCUCACGCCACUCAUCCAGCGCAGCUCCCGGCUGCGCUCCUCCCUCAUCUUCGCGUCCCAGGCCGAGGGCACCGCCGGUCCCGCGGCCGCCACCACAGAGAAGGUGCAGCUACUGCACCGUGAGCAAACGGUGAGCGAGACGCUGGGCCCUGGCGGCGAGGCCGUGCGCUCCGCCGCCUCCACCAAGGUGGCCGAGCUGCUGGAGAAGUACAAGGGCCCGGCCCGCGACCCGGGCGGCGCCUGCGCCGUGGCCGUCGCCAGCCACAGCAGGGCGCUCGCGUGCCAGGCCUGGCGGGAGGAGGCGGCGCCCGGCGGGGCAGGCGCGGAGCGGCGCAGCCUGGAGAGCUGCCUGCUGGACCUGCGCGACUCCUUCGCGCAGCGCCUGCACCAGGAGGCCGAGCGGCAGCCGGGCGCCGCCUCGCUCACCGCCGCGCAGCUGCUGGACACGCUGGGCCGCGGCGCCGAGCGCCUGCCCUCCCGCUUCCUCCCCGCAUCCCCGCGGGGCCUCGACAGCCCUCCGCCCGAGGGGCCCGGCGCCCACCCGACGACGCGGCCUGAGCGGAGAGGGAGCCCGCCCGCGCCCGGCUGUCCCGCCCGCAGGGGCGGCCCCCCCACGGUGCCUAUGGAGCAGAAGGGCUGCCCGGAGCGGCGGGGCAGCCCGGUGCCGCCCGUGCCCGAGCGGCGGGGCAGCCCGGUGCCGCCCGUGCCUGAGCGCAGAGGCAGCCUCACCUCCGCAGAGGCUCCGAAGGCCGGCCCCGCGGAGGAGGCGGCGGGCGGCCCCAUGGAGGUCCUGCGCAAGGGCUCGCUGCGCCUCCGGCAGCUGCUGAGCCCCAAGAGCGAGCGGCGUGGAGAGGAGGAGGGCGGCGCCGCGGCGCCCCAGGAGAACGGGCAGCCCGAGAGUCCCCGGCGGCCAUCGCUGAGCCGGGGCGACAGCGCCGAGGCCGCGGAGGAGCGGGGCGGGCGGGUGCGCCUGGCCUCGGCCACGGCCAACGCCCUGUACAGCAGCAACCUGCGGGACGACACCAAGGCCAUCCUGGAGCAGAUCAGCGCCCACGGCCAGAAGCACCGAGGGGUCCCCGCCCACAGCAGCCCGGAGCUGGGGCGCCCGCCGGCGGCCGGAGACCUGGCCCCAGACAUGUCCGACAAGGACAAGUGCUCAGCCAUCUUCCGUUCAGACGGCGCAGGGCCGCAGGCCCGGCUGAGCCGCACGCUGCCCGCCAGUGCCGAGGAGCGGGACCGGCUGCUGCGCCGCAUGGAGAGCAUGCGCAAGGAGAAGCGCGUCUACAGCCGCUUCGAGGUCUUCUGCAAAAAGGAGGAGGCCGGGGCAGGGGACAGCCUGGCCGAGGAGGACGCCAGGGACAGCAAGGUGGGCAAGUUCAUGCCCAAGAUCCUGGGUACAUUCAAGGGCAAGAAGUGAGCGAGCCAAGCCGGGCCGGGCCCCCGCCACCAGCCCUGGGCCGUGUUUGAGUAGUGACCACCAGGCCCUGGUGCUAAGACUGUGGGGCCUGACUGGGGGUUUCCCAAACUCAGUGUUCCCUGGACUCCACUUCUGGGGCCCAGGAGUAUUCCUCAAACCCAGCGUUCCACAGACUGCUCCUGGGGCCCAACGAGUGUCCCCCAAGCCCCACUCCACUUGAAUUCGCCUGGCAGCUGCCCUGUCUCUCACCAUGGCCCAUGCUCCGCCAAGGGCUCCUCCCAGCACCCGUGGCCUGUCCCCUCCGCCAUCUUGGGCUCGGGUCCCUUUGGGGGCUGCCAUUCGCCUCAGGGACCUGGCUCUGCCUGGGUCCCGUGUCUUUCAGGGUCCUCAUCGCUUUGUGCCUCGACUUCCUGAUCUGUCUCGGGCCUUUUGUCUUCUCAGGAGCUCCUGUCUCGGGGCGUCCGCUGCCCCGGCCCCUGCUCUGUCCUCUCGCUCCCUGCUGUGCUUGCCUCCACCCUCCUUGGGCUCUGCGUGCUCUCAGCUUCCUGCCACCUUCUUGGCAUCCGCCCUCCUGCUGUGGUAAAGGUAAAGCUAUCUGUGAGGAAGUGUUGGGGUGCUCCUGGGGUGACAGGCCACUGGGGCAGGGAUGCGGGGCCCUGGAAGCACCACCCUGCCCCCAGGCUGUAGCCCCCCGCCAGCCAAGUCUGCCCUCCAGCCAUUCCCUGGGCAGCGCUAAGAAGCCAGGAGGGGAUCACAAGCACAAUAAAAGUCUGGAUGGA